UUACAAACAAAAGCCCCUAUGGGGCCUGUCGGGCCUGAUUUUUUUCCAGCUCAUUUCCCUGCAACUCACUCAUCCUCCCCCAACAAGCACACACUUCCUACUCUCUCUCCUCCUGUCAUUAACAGCACAUAAAAUCUCGCGUGGCCAGCACACCCAAAAUGGCUACAAUGUAGAAGCUUAGGGAUCCGACUUCCCUGCAAGACACCUUUAAAUUGUGCAGAUCCUCAGCUAUUUAAAUGAAUCAGGAGGAAAGUCAAGGGGCCGAGGCACAACCUACAGAUGUUGUUCCUUGUGCUAAGCAGGCCUCCAGAGGUGGCAGAACAGCCACAAAAAGGGAGAGGGAAGGGGGGAGAAAACGACUGCUCCAGUCAGGAAGGCGAGGUCAUCGGUGCUCAAGCUAUGGCUGUAACCGCUCAUUCUUCAACAUGCAGGACCUGAUAUCCCAUGUCUCAGUCCACUACAAACCUACACAGUCAUUGGAUGAUAAACGUUUUAUGUGCUCCAUGUCUGGCUGUAAAGAGGAACUGGCAAGUAUGCAAGAUCUUAUGAACCAUCUCAAGGUCCACUACAAGCCUAACCGCUACUUCAAGUGUGAAAAUUGUAUGCAGCACUUUCGUACUCACAGGUCCCUUUUCAAGCACCUUCAUGUCUGUUCUAACACUGCAGCACAAGCCAUACAAAAUCCUCAGCCCCAAUGCUCUUCAACUGUUUCCAAGCCUGCAACACAACCACAGCCAACACAAAACCAAACCAGUGUAAUUCAGUGUGUCAAAAAGAAGGCUCCUAUCCCAGCAUCCAAUGUUCCUACUACAUCCUCCUUUGUACCGUCUACCUCUACCCUUCCUGCAGAUCUUCAUGAAUCAAUGAGCUCUUUGGUCACUCAGACUUCAAGUCCUUUUCCUCUUCUUGACCCCUCCCUGUUUGCAGGGAGACUACAUGGCCCAUCCACAUCCUCUGUUGCUAGCUCCUAUCUUCCUUACCUCCACCCUUCUGCAUACACCUUAUCUCAGGUCUCCAGGCUCAGGCCCUUGCUCGGGAACCAAGGCCUACCUGUCUCCAACGCUGUGUGGAAAAAGAACCAAGGACACUCAACUAAUAGUCGCAUACUUUGGGAGCACACACGGGAUAGUUACAACUGUAUGCAGUGUACGUUCUCAACUGCCUCUCGGGAACAGAUAACCAAACAUAUUGAGGAGCUUCACAAGACAACCUUAUCUGCCAAACUGCAGGAUGAGAUUGAUUAUAACCUUGAUCUCCUUCCCUUCCACUCAAAGCUACCUCCAGAAAUGGAACCCAGCCUUCUCCCCCAGCUGUGAAAGACCUAAACUUAUUCUGUGGAAUAAUAAACAAUACAGCUCUAAUAUCGAUAAAAGGCCUGCAUAUGGAGCAGCUUGGGGUUAGAUGCAAAUUCAUGGGUAAUAUGGUUUAUUAUGGACAUGGCAAAAGUGAAUGGACUUCUAUAUCUGGCUACCAUGUGACACAAAAGUAUCAUCAUACUGAGGCACUUAAUAAUUAAGAGACAAUUGCCAUUCUGCACUUCAGCCUUUUUUUUAUUACUCUGCAUGGAGCCCAAACAUUUUUAUUCUUAGAUGUAUUUCCUAGGAUAAAUAGCAGUUAUAACAAUUGCUUCAAUUAUCUCAGGUGGUGAUCUCAAUGGACUAAUAAUGUUAACUCAAUUUAAGACCAUUAGGAAAACCAGGUUCUAAAGCUGAGAGACAGGACAGAUUGGUGGGAAUUGAUAUAAGUGCAUGAACUAUGUUGGUUUUUUAAUACUACAGAGAUAUUUUAGGUUUUGGGGAUGGCACAAUGUCAAAAAUCAAAAUAACUUGAGCAAUCAGAUUCUGAUCUUCAAAAUCACAACUAUGAAUUAUCAAAACCGCAAGUAUUUAGAAAUCUUCAGUUUCCUCUGAACAAAAAAAAUGUAUUUAACACCUUUAAAUGGUAUUAAAAAUGAGAUACUAUGUUCCUACUUUAAUAAGGAGGUAUUUACAGUAAGCUUCAGUUGGUAGUCUCAAUGAAUUACAUUUUUAAUGAUUUUGUAUCACUAUGCUCUUUUAGUAAAUAUAGUUUAGUGUUCUGUGGUUGUAAAAUUAAAUGAUAAAUAUUCUAUAA